GAAUCGCAACCGAUGUAUUGCAACUAGUUCCAAGGCUGCAAAAAGAAUUCAGUUUUAAGUGAUAAAGUAGGUAGUGAUCAAUUUAUCUUACCAGACAACUGACAAUCCGUCCAAAAUGUUGGCGCCACCGGAAGCUCUCCCUCUCUUAAAGUGCAGCGCUUGCACCAAACACCUCUCACAUUUUCCAAUCUACGUCUCCCGGAAUUCGGAUUUGCCAACGUCUAGAGCUCUCUGCGGAAGAUGUUCCCAAAAUCUAACAGACAACGAAACUUAUGUAAGGGACACCCUGUACGAAGCCGUGGCCCAAUUUCUAAAAUUUCCCUGCAUGUACCACUCGGAAGGCUGCAUCGAAAGUCUGAUUCCCGCCGACGUUCCAAAUCACGAACAAAUUUGCCCCUAUAGAAUUAUUUCCUGCCCUCAGGCUUGUAUUUGGCAAGGAACUGUCCACGAAUUUGGUACUCACAUUGAAGAAAUUCACCCUAAUAUUCUUCUAAGGGAGGGCGAAUUCGAAAUGUACAUUGUAAACUCAUACGAAACGCACAACUUCCUAAUGCUCGAAGACGAAAUUUUUAAUUUAAAGCGAAAAUUCGAUGCCACGGAGAAAACUUUGACUUGUUCUGUCUUCUGUUAUAAAAUUCUAGAUACUGUUACCAAGUAUUACUACGAAAUAACUGUGUUCAACGGUAAUAAAAGUCUGUCGGUCAAGUUUCCGCCUAGACGUACGGAGAACUUCCAAGAGGGUAAUACCAUUGUGAUUGAUGUUGAAGACGUGCGAAGACAACUAGACGACCCUUCUAUUAUUAUAGGGUCCAUAAGAAUAUUCACAAUCAAUGAACAAAAGGAAGAACGACCAGCACCAUUGACUCCUCGUACUGAACUAGAGUUAAAAUUCCUCGACAGACUUACAUGUCUGGUGUGCUUCGAGUACAUGUUUCCACCUAUUUUUCAAUGUGGCGGUGGACACAGCAUUUGCAGCAAUUGCAAAAAUCGGAUAUCGGAAUGCCCUUUGUGUAAGCAAGAAAUACGAGACACCCACAACUUCCCUUUAGAAGAGAUGGCCCAGUUGCUGCAUUAUCGUUGCAAGUUCGAAGAUUUUGGUUGCAAUUUUAGGGCAAAACCUGAAGAAAUGAAGCAGCAUCAAAGGUUCUGCUUGUUUGGACCACAUCAGUGUCCUUUAAAGGAUUACGAGGAUUGUAGUUGGGCUCACGCGGCCAAAGAAAUAUAUCCUCACAUUGUAUCCAACCAUUACGAGAAUUUAUUGGAAGUUGAUUAUGUCGUGGUCUUUAUGGGUGACAAGUAUUUCACCCAGGAGGAAGAUCUGUGUUACAUUAAGAAGUUUUCUGAUGCGUUGUUCAAGUUGCAUUAUCGAUUUUCGAAGAAUGGUUUUUACUGGGCAAUGCAGCUGAUUGGCCCCCCGGACGAGGCGAGGAAAUACAGAUUCGAAAUCGAUGUCUUGGAUAACACCAACAGCAACCAAAAAAUCUUUCUGAGGAAUUUCUGCGCACCGCUGACUGACAAAGACGAGACUUUUAACGAAGAUAGCCCACACGUGUUUCUCAAGCUGGAGCAAAUUCAGCCUCUGUUGACAGAUCAGCUGAACUACUUUAUUCGUAUUAUAAAAUGAAAACUUUUUUACAGUAUGUUAAAAAAAAAGUGGCACCUGGAAGGGGUAGUUUAGACCGCUGAAAUUUUAUAGAAAUAAAUAAGGCUUAAAGUUAAACAAUGGAGUAAAUUUUCAAAAAUAACUGACAGUAUUUAAUUAAAAAAAAUUGGUCUAAAGAGUUUAGACAGUACUUCCCUCGCUGUCGGAAACUUGACGACUGCAUGCCUAUUGUGUUUUUUUUCUCAUUACAUUUUUG